GGAGCAGCGGCCCCCGGGAUUGGCCAGGGCCGCCAGUGGGAGCGUCUUGGCGCCCUGGGUGGGUUCCUGCCCGUCCGUCCGGGCACUGGCUGGGCUGGAGACCAGAGCUAGGACGGAGGGGACUCGAGCCCGGCCACAAUUGCGUCCUGCAGGCGGGGGGCCACCUAGAGCGGCUCCCCGCGUCCCCCCUGCCCCCCGCCGCUGCCCGCGCCCAUGCCCGCAGCCCACACCUUGCUGAGCCCGAGGGGGGCCAUGCAGACUACCCCGGCGCCCGGCGGGGCUGACGCCGCGUCCGUGUCCCCCGCCGCCGACCUCGUCCUGGGCGCCUCAGCCUGCUGCCUGGCCUGCGUCUUCACCAACCCCCUGGAGGUGGUCAAGACGAGGCUCCAGCUGCAGGGCGAGCUGCAGGCCCGGGGCACGCAUCCGCGUCCCUACCGGGGGCUCUUCCGGGCCGUGGGCGCCGUGGCGCGGGCAGACGGGCUCCGGGGACUGCAGAAGGGGCUGGGGGCGGCCCUGCUCUACCAGGGGCUCAUGAACGGCGUCCGCUUCUACUGCUACUCGCUGGCCCUGGAGGCUGGCCUCACGCAGCAGCCCGGCGGCACCGUGCUGGCAGGGGCGCUGGCUGGAGCCCUGGGCGCCUUCGUGGGGAGCCCUGCCUACCUGGUCAAAACGCAGCUCCAGGCGAAGACAGCGGCCACUGUGGCUGUUGGCCAUCAGCACGAGCACCAGAGUGUCCUUGGGGCCCUGGAAACCAUCUGGCGGCAGCAGGGUGUCCCUGGACUGUGGCGUGGGGUCGGCGGCGCUGUGCCCAGGGUCAUGGUGGGAUCAGCCGCCCAAUUGGCUACCUUCGCCUCUGCCAAAUCGUGGGUCCAGGACCACAAGUGGUUCCAGGAGGACAGCUGGCUGGUGGCCCUGGCUGGGGGCAUGAUCAGCAGCGUGGCAGUGGCUAUUGUGAUGACGCCAUUCGACGUGAUCAGCACCCGCCUGUACAACCAGCCUGUGGACCCCACAGGAAGGGGCCAGCUGUACCGGGGACUCUUGGACUGCUUGGUGAAGAUUACCCAGGCAGAGGGUCCCCUGGCUCUCUACAAGGGUCUGGGACCCGCCUACCUGCGCCUGGGCCCCCAUACGGUCCUCAGCCUGCUCUUCUGGGACGAGCUCCGAAAGCUCACCUACAGAUUCCAGCACCAGGGAGCUUAGGGCCCCUUCCUGGCCCUCUCCCAGCAGCCCUCCCUGCCCAGACUGGCUCUCCAUCCCCCUCCACCCAGCCCCUACCCCUUCUUCAUGGCACCCUGGAAAGGACUCAUAGUGGAGGAACUGGGGAGCCAAUGGGGAGCCCCCAUGGAGAAUGGGAGUCAGCGCAGCCGUCCCAAGGGACCCUGGACUGUCUGGGGGAUCGGAAUGGGUUGGCCAACGUUCAUGGGCGGCACUUGAGUUUCCACUUCUAAGAGGGCCAACUUCCUGUCCUUGUUCAGUCCUUCACAAACUGAAUCCCCCUGAGCUGAGUGUCCCAAAAUAGGAUCCCUGAUUCCCAAUGCCUCAGUGUACCCCAUCUGUGCUCCUGGGGAAAGACCUCAUGCUUGACCCAGAUACAUGGCUCAGGAUUGGAGGGAGUCAGAAAAUGGCCCACGGAUCAUCAGAUCGUAGCCAAAAGAACCUCAGAGGUUAUCUAGUGAGGACACGUUUUACAGAUGAGGAAACUGAGGCCCUGAGUGGUCACACAGGUAGCAAAAACAGAGCUGGCCUUUGCCCCUUGGGUCCUCAGACACUGAAGAUGUUCUUUAGAACAUGGAAUGUUGGGAUCCAGAAUAUACAGUUUACGACAGAGGGGAGGCAGCAUGGAGGAUGUUGGACUUGGACUCAGAAAGACGUGGGUUCAGGAUUGAGAUUAGAUGUUACCUGACUGUGUGCUCUGGGGAAAAUCAUUUCUCUGUGACUCAGUUUCCUUCAUCAGUAAAAAGCUGGAAUUGGAUCGAAUGGUCUUAAAGGUCCUCUCCAGCUCUCCUGCCGGCACUGAAAAGGAUCUCUGAGCCCACCCACCCCAGCUCCUGCCUCUCACAGAGAACUGAGUCCCAGACAAGGAAUAUGACCUGUCCAGGAUUCUAUGACAAGGGGCAGAGUCAGGAUCUGAACCCAGGUCUUCUGACACCCAGUUAUUCCACUUCCCUCUUCCAGAAGUCCCCCUGAGAGGCUGGACGGGGGGCAAGGCUGGUCCCUGUCCUCCAGAGCUGUCACAGAGCAGUAUGGUGUAUGAAUGCUGUUAAAUGAACGUCUUUCCCAUGACCUACGUCUUUCUAGGUUUCCAAUAUUCCUGGGGAUUUGGUGGGGAUCAAAGAUCACUGCCUCCAUCUCACAGAGAUAGAAACAAGCCCAGAGUGGGGCAGCAACUUAUCUAAGGUCACACAGCAAGAGAGCUCUUUGAGAUUUAUAAAGCACUUAAAAAUAUUAUCUCAUGGGGCAGCUGGGUGGCUCAGUGGAUUGAGAACUAGGUCUAGAGAUGUGAGGUCCUGGGUUCAAAUCUGGCCUCAGAUACUUCCUAGCUGUGUGACCCUGGACAAGUCACUUAAUUCCCAUCAUCCUGCUCUUACUGCUCUUCUACCUUAGAACUAAUGCGCAAUAUUUAUUCUAAGAUGGAAGUUAAGGGAACUGGGGGGAAAAACCUUAUUUCACUGAAUCCUUACAACAGCUCUGGGAGUAGGCAUUAUUAUUCUCUCCAUUUUACAGUUGAGGAAACUGAGGCAAACAGAGGUAAUUGCUCAGGUAGUAAGUGCCUGAGGCUGGAUUUGAACUUGGGUCUUCCUGACUUCACAGAGGAAGAGAGUCUACAGGAGAACACAGACAACUGACCUUGGGGCUGGGGGGCUCCCCCAGAACCCCCCCCAACACUCCAGGCCCCCUCCCCCACUCCAGGUGAAUAAAGUUUUCUAUUUUUGCUUA